CCCGCCGACCCCGGCCGCGUCCCAGCCCCGCGCCGAGGCCGCGUUCCCGUCCCCGCCGCAGCCCCCGCCGCAGCCAUGUCCAAGGAGCCGCGCGCCGGCCGGGAGGAGAUCCUGGAGAGCCAGGUGAUGUGGGAGCCUGACGGUAAGAAGAACACGCAGAUGGACCGCUUCCGGACGGCCGUGGGCGCUGCCUGCGGCCUGGAGCUGGAAAAUUACGACGACUUAUACCACUGGUCAGUUGAAUGCUAUUCAGACUUCUGGGCCAAGUUCUGGAAGUUCAGUGGGAUUAUCUUCUCCUGCAUGUAUGAUGAGGUCGUGGACACAUCCAAGGGGAUCGCGGAUGUCCCUGAGUGGUUCCGAGGCAGCCGGCUCAAUUAUGCGGAAAACCUCCUGCGGCACGAGGAGAACGACAAGGUCGCCCUCUACGCUGCAAGGGAAGGCAGAGAGGAGAUUGUGAAGGUGACGUUUGAGGAGCUGCGGCAGCAGGUGGCCUUGUUUGCGGCGGCGAUGAGGAAAAUGGGUGUGAAACGAGGAGACCGCGUGGCCGGGUAUUUACCCAACAGCGUGUACGCCGUGGAGGCCAUGCUGGCGGCAGCAAGCAUCGGCGCCAUCUGGAGCUCCUUGUCCCCAGACUUCGGCAUGAACGGUGUUCUGGACCGCUUCUCUCAAAUCCAUCCCAAGCUCAUCUUCUCCGUGGAGGCGGUCAUGUACAACGGCAAGGAGUUCAGCCACAUGGACAAGCUGCAGCAGGUGGUGAAAGGACUCCCAGACUUGAAGAGGGUAGUGCUGAUUCCAUACCUCACCCCGCGAGAGAAGAUAGACCUUUCCAAUAUCCCGAAUAGUGUGUUUCUGGACGACUUUCUUGCCACUGGGAGGGGCGAGCAGGUCCCGCAGCUGGAGUUCGAGCAGCUGCCCUUCAGCCACCCGCUCUUCAUCAUGUUUUCGUCCGGCACGACUGGAGCGCCCAAGUGCAUGGUGCACUCCGCCGGGGGCACCCUCAUCCAGCACCUGAAGGAGCACAUCCUCCACGGCAACAUGGGCAGCAGCGACGUCCUCCUGUAUUACACCACGGUCGGCUGGAUGAUGUGGAACUGGAUGGUGUCUGCUCUGGCCACGGGAGCCGCCCUCGUCUUGUACGACGGCUCCCCCUUGGUGCCCACGCCCAACGUGCUCUGGGACCUGGUUGACCGGAUAGGCAUCACCAUCCUUGGGACGGGCGCCAAGUGGCUGGCUGUGCUUGAAGAGAGAAAGCUGAAGCCAAUGGAAACCCACAGUCUGCAGACGCUUCAUACGAUCCUGUCCACCGGCUCCCCCCUGAAAGCCCAGAGCUAUGACUACGUCUACAAGUGCAUCAAGAGCAGUGUCCUCCUGGGCUCCAUCUCAGGUGGCACCGACAUCGUGUCCUGCUUCGUGGGCCAGAACUUUUCUGUUCCUGUGUACCGAGGGGAGAUCCAGGCCCGGAACCUGGGCAUGGCCGUGGAGGCCUGGAGCGAGGAAGGCACGGCCGUGUGGGGCGAGAGCGGAGAGCUGGUGUGCACCAAGCCCAUCCCCUGCCAGCCCACGCACUUCUGGAACGACGAGAACGGGAGCAAGUACCGGAAGGCCUACUUCUCCAAGUUCCCAGGUGUCUGGGCGCACGGCGACUACUGCAGAAUCAACCCCAAGACCGGGGGCAUCAUCAUGCUGGGCCGGAGUGACGGCACGCUCAACCCCAACGGAGUGCGAUUCGGCAGUUCGGAAAUCUAUAACAUUGUACAACAGAGAUGGGGAGGAGCGCGUCCUUCUGUUCCUGAAGAUGGCGUCCGGCCACACCUUCGGUCCCGACCUGGUGAACAGCAUCCGCAGCGCCAUCCGCCACGGCCUGUCCGCACGCCACGUGCCCAGCAUCAUCCUGGAGACCAAGGGCAUCCCGUAUACCCUCAACGGCAAGAAAGUGGAAGUGGCCGUGAAGCAGAUCAUUGCCGGCAGAGCCGUGGAGCACCGCGGGGCCUUCUCGAACCCCGAGACCCUGGAUCUGUACAGGGACAUCCCCGAGCUGCAGGACUUCUGACCCGGGACCGGCUCGCGCUCUGCCACACGCUCCUGUGCGGGCUCUCGUGUGUCCCAGAAAUAACCGGAGACGGACAGCCCUUGGGAAGCAGGUGUCCAUGGGCUCGGGGAAGAGUCGUCCCUGCUCUUUUGGCUCUGGGGGGUGCCCGCGUCUUCCCAGAGCCCGUCCCGACCUCUGGGGCCGAUGGGGCCGUUUGGCUGAGCGCGUGGCAGGGCUGGGAGGGUGUGUGCGUCUUCGAGCCGGUGUUCUCGCACGCGCCGCGGGAAGCUGAGCGGCGCACCUCCACCUGCGGCCCCUUUCGCUCUCCUAAGGUGUAAAUCUGUGUGUUCUCCUGGCUCUGGGCGUCGUCGCUCAGGGCCUGUCAUCCGCAGUUGCCCGUGAACUGUCAUGCACAGCCGACCACUCCUGCGUGUCUGGGCGUCACACUCCGAGUACCCGUGGUCCUGGUGGGGCCGUGUGUCACACCUGCCGGCCCGCGCGGGUGCGCAGACGGAAGCUCCCUCUGGAGAACAUGACGAUUUAGUGCUUUCACAGGGUCUCUAUUUCACGGACUUUGAACGGUUUAGCCACGUUGUAGCAUUCGUUAUCUGGUUUGCGGGGCGUUCGCGGAACCGGAUGUCUCCUGUGGGGUGGUGGUGCUCUCAGGAAGUCGGCGGGCACCUGGGGGCCUCCCCAGGUGGAGCUGCGUGGCCUCGGGACACGGCCUCGCCGCGCCUCCACCCGGAGCUCUGGGGGCCUCGCGUCACAGCCACAUGAUCAGCAGUUGUGCAUCGAGUCACGGGUGUCAUGGCCUGGUGGUCGGGACGCACUUUUUAGUUCCGCACAUUAAUUGACUCCUGUAAUCCUAACGUUCCUUUCUGUAUUUUUAAACGCUGAGCACAAUGAAAGCCUUUCUUGAAUCCCUUUUUUUCUGGAUUACAAAACACGGGGGAAAAAGUGCUGAGAAUGUAUGCAAUAAACACACACAUAUAUA